AGUAGCAGCGGAUGUGUGUUUAUGUUUGUGUGAAAAACCUCCGCGCGGGUCUGGUCCUCCAUCCGAGCAGCUCCCGGUUUACCGCUUUCUGGACCCAACCGGACUCACCGGGACUCUCCUCUGUCUGUGGUACCGUGAUGGCGGCCGGAGGCAGUUCGGUGGCGCCGCAGCUCGGAGACGUAGAAGAAGACGCUUCCCAGCUGCUGUUUCCUAAAGAGUUUGAGAACGCGGAGACGCUGCUGAACUCGGAGGUCCACAUGCUGCUGGAACACCGGAAGCAGCAGAACGAGAGCGCUGAAGACGAGCAGGAACUGUCCGAGGUCUUCAUGAAGACGCUGAACUACACGGCCCGCUUCAGCCGCUUCAAGAACCGCGAGACCAUCACCGCCGUGCGCAGCCUCCUCCUGCAGAAGAAGCUCCAUAAGUUCGAGUUGGCCAGCUUAGCCAACCUGUGUCCUGAAGCAGCCGAAGAGGCCAAGGCUCUGAUCCCCAGCUUGGAGGGUCGCUUUGAGGAUGAGGAGCUGCAGCAGAUCCUGGACGACAUCCAGACCAAGAGGAGCUUCCAGUACUGAACCGCUGAUCCGAUCCGAUUACUGAUCCGAUUUGUCCCCCUUCUUCAUUCCUUCUGCCAUAUCAAUAAAGUCUCGUCUGUUUUUUUUUA